CACCUCACCGUCAUCUCAUCUGCUGCUCCUGCAAGCCUGCAGCUGAACCUUCUCCACUCGAGAGCGAGAGAGAGAAAGAGAUGGCCUCCAUGGCGUUCGCACUGGCGGGCGCCUUCCAGGGCCUGUCCCUCGCGUCCCCCUCGUCGCGCCCUUCCUUCCUCCGCGGCGACCGCGCCGCGCUCCCCGUCGGCGGCGGUGCCGGGAUCGUUGUUCCGGUGCCGGCGCGGCGGCUGACCAUCCAAAUGGCGCACAAGAAGGGGGCCGGGAGCACCAAGAACGGGCGUGACUCCAAGGGGCAGCGGCUCGGGGUCAAGAUAUACGGCGACCAGGUCGCCAAGCCCGGCGCCAUCAUCAUCCGCCAGCGCGGCACCAGGGUCUAUCCUGGAAAUAAUGUUGGAAUGGGCAAGGAUCAUACACUAUUUUCUUUGAUUGAUGGACUAGUCAAGUUUGAGAAAUAUGGACCAGACAAGAAAAAGGUAAGCGUUUACCCAUAUGAGAAACAGCCUAUGAACCCAAACAGUUACAGAGCAAGGAAGAUAGAGUACUUCCGCGUGCAGCGUGAACGCAAGAAGGCAAGAGCGGGGGGAGCCAUUGAGCCUCAGUUGGUAUUAGCUGCUGUAGAUGAAAACUCUGAUGUCAACGCAGACUGCUGAUAAGUUUUCUGUAUCAUAUUUAUUUAUUUAUUUUUGACAAACAAUGUUUGACAUUUUUCUUUGGAAAUGUAAGAUUGCAUUAUGAAUACAGGGUCAUAUUACGCUU